AUGCGAGAUUGUUUGACAAAGCUGCGACGACAUCACUUUCAUCAGCAUCAAGACCGGCAACCACCAUUAUCAACGCGCUCGCAUCUGCCGAUUCUGCACCAGCAACUGUUUAUAGUCAAACUCAAAUUAUCCAAGGAAGCGUUAUCAGCUAUCCAUUUAUCACAAGUUAAAAUAAAAUCUCCAGAGAGGAAAAGAGAAGCUUUUGAUAAGCGAGGGCAGCAGAUAAGUAAAUAUAAGAAGAUGUUAACAGACGAGCAAAGACGAAUGAGAGCGCUGCGACGAAAAGUUGAAAACGACUCUAAAGUUGUAGAGCCCAUAAGCACCUCAGCGGGCCUGCCCAAACGUGUCAAAUUUAUCCUAAACUAA